GACUGGGUCCCAUUCCCUACUCUGGGGCUCUGGGAGUUUGUCCUGGGAAUCUCGAGGCUCUCCCAAGGUUCCUUUCUAUGUUUAUAUCAUUUAUCAGGGAAAGGAUUGUUAAUGACUAAUCCGUGUUCAUGAGGCACAGAGCCAAGGAAGAGAUGUUGCUGCUGAGCCGGAAGGCCGCCUGUGAUCAUCUACAGCUUUUGCUAGAACUCUCUCCUCUUCCUCCUCCUCCUCACCCCACUGUCUCCUGGACUCACCCCAAUGCAAACCCAGGUUCUGAACAUUUGUAGCAGAAUUGCUGCGAUUUGGAGGAAGACUGGACUCAGAAUCCUCCCAGGGCCUUGAAAGUUCAUCUCUGACCUGAGACAAUCCAAAGUUUUCUUUUGAAGACUACCGUAACAAAGGGAUAUUUUAAAUAGAACUUUGGAUGGGAUCAAAAAUGAAUCUCAUCGAACACUCCCACUUACCUGUCAUGGAUGAAUUUUCUCUUUCUGAAAAUUUAUUUGGUGUACUAACAGAACAAGCAGCAGGUCCUUUGGGACAGAAUCUAGAAGUGGAACCAUACUCACAAUACAACAAUGUUCCAUUUCCCCAAGUUCAACCACAGAUUUCCUCAUCGUCCUAUUAUUCCAACCUGGGUUUCUACCCCCAGCAGCCUGAAGAGUGGUAUUCUCCUGGAAUAUAUGAACUCAGGCGAAUGCCAGCUGAGACUCUUUACCAGGGAGAGAUUGAGGUAGCAGAGAUUCCUGUAACAAAAAAGGCUCGAAUGGGUACAACAACGGGGAGAAUAAAAGGGGAUGAAUUAUGUGUUGUUUGUGGAGACAGAGCAUCUGGAUACCAUUAUAAUGCGCUGACCUGUGAGGGGUGCAAAGGUUUCUUCAGGAGAAGCAUUACCAAAAAUGCCGUAUACAAGUGUAAAAAUGGGGGCAACUGUGUGAUGGACAUGUACAUGCGACGAAAGUGCCAAGAGUGUCGCCUAAGGAAAUGCAAAGAGAUGGGAAUGUUGGCUGAAUGUAUGUAUACAGGCUUGUUAACUGAAAUUCAGUGUAAAUCUAAACGACUAAGAAAAAAUGUGAAGCAGCAUGCAGAUCAGACCAUUAAUGAAGACAGUGAAGGUCGAGAUUUGCGACAAGUGACCUCGACGACUAAGUCAUGCAGGGAGAAAACUGAACUCACCCCAGAUCAACAGAAUCUUCUUCAUUAUAUUAUGGAUUCAUAUAGCAAACAGAGGAUGCCUCAGGAAAUAACAAAUAAAAUUUUAAAAGAAGAAUUCAGUGCAGAAGAAAAUUUUCUCAUUUUAACUGAAAUGGCUACCAGUCAUGUACAGAUUCUCGUAGAAUUCACAAAAAAACUUCCAGGAUUUCAGACUUUGGACCAUGAAGAUCAAAUUGCUUUGCUGAAAGGGUCUGCAGUAGAAGCUAUGUUCCUCCGUUCAGCUGAGAUUUUCAAUAAGAAGCUUCCAGCUGGACAUGCUGACCUAUUGGAAGAAAGAAUUCGGAGGAGUGGUAUCUCUGAUGAGUAUAUAACACCUAUGUUUAGUUUUUAUAAAAGUGUUGCAGAAUUGAAAAUGACUCAAGAAGAGUAUGCUCUGCUUACAGCAAUUGUUAUCCUCUCUCCAGACAGACAAUACAUAAAGGACAGAGAGGCAGUAGAGAAGCUUCAGGAACCACUGCUUGAUGUGCUCCAAAAGCUGUGCAAGAUUUAUCAGCCUGAAAAUCCCCAACACUUUGCCUGUCUCCUGGGUCGACUGACUGAGUUGAGGACAUUCAAUCAUCACCAUGCCGAGAUGCUGAUGUCUUGGAGAGUAAAUGACCACAAAUUUACCCCACUUCUCUGUGAAAUCUGGGAUGUGCAGUGAUGAGCAUUGCAGGAGCAACAGCAUCUAGUGAUUUAUUUUCCUUAUAAUAUAAAUCUGAUGUAUAACUUUCUUUUAUUUCAUUUGUACCUGGUUUCACACAAGAAUUUUGAUGAAUAUUUAUGCAGUAAUUAUGUAACUUCUACCAUUGUAAAUAUGAAGCUAGAUAGGAUUACUUUCUUUACAUUGUGUUUUACAUGGCUUCAGGGAUUCUUUCACUCUAAGUGGCAUGCCCUGUUUGCCUAAUCAAACUGAUCAUUCUUCACUUCUGUCUUUUGAAAUAGGGAAAAUUUCAUUUUGCUCUUUAUCUUACCUUGUUGCAUAUAUUUUAUAAAAGAGUUGUGUUCAAUUUUGGCAAUAAACUCAGCAUAAUGGCAA